ACGAGUGUGCCUCUUCUCCAUGCUUCAAUGGUGCCACAUGCAUCGACGGCCUGGGAUCCUUCAUUUGUGACUGUGCCCAUGGAUAUAGUGGCGAAAAAUGUGAAAUUCCAGAAUCAUGCCCUGCUCACACCACCCAACUCGAUACUGGAGAGUUCCACUGGCCUGCAACCCAACAUGGACUAUCAGUCACCUUGCCCUGUCCCUUUGGAGUUCGAGCCUCUGCCACUGACAAUGUUAGUGCAGGAAAGAUGGGACAGCUUGUGGGGACUGCAGCAACAAAUAUCAUUAGUGAUGAUUUUCCAACUAGUACUAUUGACGAAAAGAAGUUUCUUGAAUAUGAUGAUGGAUCAUCAGUGCAUCCUACUGUACUUUCCCCAUUACUUGGGAUUACAACUCAGGCUGAGUGGGAUGGUGGUAGCUUUUAUAUUAAUAGACAAACUCGCAGCAUAGAAUUAACUGAAAGUACUCAGACAACCAUCCCUAUCACGUCUGUCUCAGAGGUAAAUAGCGAAGCAGUACGUCGACAAGUAAUAGCAGCAAACCUGCGAGGAUCACACCCAAGACAUCUGAGACGAUUACAGCAAGGAGGGCAACCUAGGAAGGCUAAACAGAUGAGAAGAGGCAUAGGCAAUCAGACAGAAAGAGAGCAGGAGUCCCAGGUAUAUGCUGAAGAAAGGCCAGGAAGAAAACAAUUUCGAUAUAGAGGAAGAUUUAACACAAGAAGAUUUAGAAUUCCAAAGCAACCAGUCACUGAAGAACAACCUUUGGAACAACAAGUAAAUAUAGAUAAACAUAUAGCACAACUUAAUACUAGGAGCAACCCAAUUGCAGAACCUCACAUUGGAGAAAGAGUUGUUGGUGGGCAGCAGAGUUUAAAAGCUGAGGUUGAAAAAGAAGGGAAGAAGCCUGAUAAUCAAAGCAUUAUUGUAUCAGAUACUUUAUACAGAGCAGAGAAAAAACAAUAUGACCAACAACAAAGAUGGGAUCAGGCAGACAUAACAGAUUCAAAUAAGUUUGAGCAGCAAAAAGUAGCAAGGAAUGCAGAAGAUUUGGCAGUCCAAGCUAGUUACUCUGAAUUUACCAAAGAUGAAAAUAAAUACUUGGAAAACACUAGAAGAAAUUUCUAUGAGCAUUUAGCUGGUGACCAUAAUUUUCCUCAAGUAAAUAUUGAUGAAACCUUACUUGAAAUGCCAUCAAGGACUGUCAGAAAGUCCACUGAUGUAGUAUUAGAGUCUAGGAAGAGACUGAAUGAGCAAAUGCAAAUGAGUAAAGAGAUUGAAAUAGGAACAACAACUAGUACAUUAAAUGGCAGACAUGAAUCUUUAAAAAAUGCCAAGGAAGAAAAUGAAAAUGAUAGCAACAAUCAUCAGUCUACAACUACACCUUCUUCUUCAGCAAUGCUGCUUCCUUCAUUGGGUGCUGUUCGUUUCUGUGUACAGCUGUCCAAUGGCACUGUUGUUUGGAAAGAACCAGAUGUUUGGAUGUGUCGAGGAAAGGCAAUGCAGGCAGCUGAGGAUGCUGCUAAAGAUUUGGCCUCAUUUACUGCCUCCCCCGCUUCUGUUAACCCAGAGAUGUUUGCUCAUGCUGCCAAUCAACUGGCCAAGCUUGUGGAACAUGCACUUCAUGAUCCAGCAGUAGCCAGCAGUAUGAUGUCAGCACUCAGUAAUAUGAUGGAGGUGAAUGAUUCAGUUGUAGCAGCAGGAGAUAAGAAGAACAAUGUCACAAGCCAACUAGUUCACAUCAUCAAUACUUUUACAGAAAAUGUGGAUGUAACAAUUGGAAAAUCAGUGCAACUCAGAUCAAAUAAUCUGGUAUUGGAAGCCAGAAUGUUGGAGUCAUCAGCUACAGAUAUCACAUUCAGUCCCAAAAGUGAAGUGAAAAACAAGAGUGUUGAUGAAGCCAGUCACUCUAGGAAAAGACGAAAUGCAAGUUCUUCAGAUCCAUCUUUAACAAAUGAAUCAUUUUUGAGAUUACCUCCCCAAGCUCUGAAAAUAGCAGGAAAAAAACAUGUGAGAUUAGAAUUUGUGUCGUACUCCAAUGACAAGUUUUUCCGGGGCAGUCGUGCACUGGAAAUGCCUGUUAUUACAGCCAAAGUCACCAACACAGUGAUAAGCAACCUCUCCGAACCUGUUGUAUACUACAUCUCUACUGAAGCUGAAGACUCGUUUCUUCCACGGUGUGUCUUUUGGGAUGAAGUAGCACAUGACUGGUCAGAAGUUGGCAUGAAAACAGUGAGAGUUGAAGGGAUGACAACAUGUGAAGCUACACAUCUGACAGCAUUUUCAGUACUCUUGGAUCCUCUGCCAUCAUCCUUUGGUGUACAUGCAGAAGCUCUCUCCAUAAUAACCUAUGUUGGGCUUGCACUGAGCACAGCAGGAUUGACUGCCACUGUUGCAACCUAUGCAACAUUCAGGACCCUCAACCGUGACCGAAGUGGCAAAAUUGUGAUGAAUUUGUCUUUGGCUUUGCUGCUGCUCAAUUUGGUGUUCAUAAUUGCUACUCAGUUAGAGCCACCUUCUAUUGCUUGCACUGCACUAGCAGCCAUGCUUCACUAUCUUGUGAUUGCUGCAUUUGCCUGGAUGUUGGUCGAAGCGGCUAAUAUGUAUCAGCUUCUCAUCACUGUGUUUGCUUCAGCUGAGACCCACUUUAUGGCCAAGAGAGUUAUUGGUGCCUGGG